CCUCCUCCAGCUAAAAGAAAACAUAAAAAGGAUUUUAUUUUUACCCAAAUCUCCGAUUAUAUUCUUAUUCCUCUGCUGGAUCAUCUUAUUCUUUCUCCUUCGUCCUCAUCGUCACAUAGAUCCUCCAUUUUCGUUAGUCGACGAAAGAUUACUUUCGUUCGAGGAUCAGAUCUUGGAAGGUCUCUGCUCAAGGAGAGGAGAAGAAGAAGAAGGUGAGAGGAGGCUUGAAGGAUGUCUUUUACAGGAACCCAACAGAAAUGCAAGGCUUGCGAGAAGACGGUUUAUCCAGUGGAGCUUCUCUCAGCUGAUGGAGUUAGCUAUCACAGAUCUUGCUUCAAAUGCACUCACUGCAAGAGCAGGCUUCAGCUGAGCAGAUAUUCAUCAAUGGAAGGUGUGUUGUACUGCAAACCUCAUUUUGAGCAGCUCUUCAAGGAGUCUGGUAGUUUCAACAAGAACUUUCAGUCACCUGCAAAACCGGCUGAGAAAUCAUCUCCGGAGCUGACAAGGACACCUAGUCGAGUUGCUGGAAUGUUCUCUGGUACACAAGAAAAAUGUGCUACUUGCAGUAAAACUGUGUAUCCUAUCGAAAAGAUAACAGUGGAGAGUCAGACGUAUCACAAGUCCUGCUUCAAGUGCUCACAUGGAGGCUGCCCGCUUUCUCCUUCCAACUAUGCGGCUCUUGAAGGAAUUUUGUACUGCAAGCACCAUUUCGCUCAGCUUUUCAAGGAAAAGGGAAGCUACAACCACUUAAUCAAAUCCGCUUCCAUCAAACGCUCUGCUGCUGCCGCAGUCGCUGCUGGUGCACCCGCAGCCGCGAUUCCUGAAUCUUAAAUUCAAUAACCUCUCUUCCUCUCUAGUCUAAAUUGAAGUUAAUGCUAAACAGUUUGUUAUUUCUUUUCUUUGUGUCUUUGUGUGUGUGAGCUUGUAAUCUAUCAUUUGAUCUUCUUAUUUCCAUUGACGUCUCCUGAAGUCUUUGUUUGUUGUCAUGAUUUGGUAUCUAUAAAAUCUGAGACUUUCCUUUCGAAA